AUGACCCUGGCGGCUUCCUCCCAGCGCUCUCAAAUCAUUCGCUCCAAGUUCCGUUCUGUCCUCCAGCUGCGGAUCCACAGACGCUAUCAGGAUCCAAGCCUGCAAGGAGCCUUCACCUUCUCUCCAGCCUUGGAUCCAGAUCCGUGGAUCUCGGCCCCAGGCGCAGCUGCUCUGGCCCAGGCCCCAGUCUCUCCCUCGGGCCCCGCCCCUUUCCUCUUCAGCCCUGGGGUCCUGCUCCCUGAGCCUGAAUACCGGCCUUGGAGGUCUCCGAAGAAGCAAUCUCCUAAAACCUCUCCUCGUUGGAAGAAGCCGAAGCCCAAGGGGAACUUGACCUACCACCAAUACAUGCCCCCAGAACCAAGACAGGGGUCCGGGGGAGACCCCCAGGCUGAGGGGACGGCUCUGGGACCCUCUGGGGCACCCCUAUGGGAAGGAGCGAACAUACAGCAACCGCAGCUGAGGACUAUGGCCGGCUUGAAGCCCACUCCCUCCCCACCAGGACCCCCCAGCCCCUCGCCCCCUCCCCACAAGUUGGAACUAAAGACCCUUAAACUGGAGGAGCUGACGGUCUCAGAGCUCCGGCAGCAGCUGCGCCUGCGGGGCCUCCCGGUGUCCGGGACCAAGUCGAUGCUCCUGGAGCGCAUGCGCGGCGGCGCUCCGCCCCGCGAGCGGCAGAAGCCCAGGCGAGAGGACAGCCCCGCGGGGGCUCCCUGGCCACGCCUCAGGCCUAAAGCCCUAGGAGCCGCCCGGCGGCAAGCCUCGUUCAAGUCCAGUUCAGCGUCUGGCCGGCCCCCUCUUCCGCAAGCCUCCGACACCCUCGUGGCGGCUCCGGCUCCGGCUGCAGCCCUGACCCCUUCCUCAGCACCGCCGCCCGCCGCCUUGAGUCUGGAGGAGGAGCUGCAGGAAGCGAUCCGGAGGGCGCAGCUGCUUCCGAACCGGGGCAUCGAUGACAUCCUGAACGAUCCAGUGGAGCCUGGAAACCCGCUGCCCCCCAUCCCCCUGGACUUCCCUGGUUCCUUCGAUGUGCUGUCCGCCUCCGCGGACUCCGAAGGCCUGUCCUCUGUCUUCUCCUCUUCGCUCCCCUCCCCCACUAACUCCCCCGCCCCCGCCCCCAGAGGCCCCAUGGACUCCUUGGACUGGCUGGAGGCUCUGAGCGGGGGUCCCCCUCUGGGCUGUGGCCCCCCAGCUCCCAGCAUCUUCUCUGCCGACUUCUCUGACUCCAGCGGCACCCGGCUGUGGGAUCUGCUGGAGGAUCUGUGGUGA